UCGAGUGGACAACCGAAUUCGCUACAUUCCAUCAGUGUACUGACCGGCUACAAGAUCCAGGCACCAUCUUUCUGCUGCAACGGCAGGCCGCCCGGCUUGGCAGCAGAGACAGAUCUCCAGUGUCCCGGGCGCCAAUGCAGCUCUUCCCAGGAGAGGAGACGGCUCAUGAUUUCCUCUCGCUCCGUGCCGGAGGAUCGUCGUCGCCGUCGUUCCAGCACCGCCGGGAAGCGCAGCAUUCCUCGCAAGGAUACGGUAUGGAGAUGCACAGAUCACUGAAGCCCCUGGAGCAGGCCAAGCAGCGCAGCCGCAGCAGCGGCAACACGGCGGCAGGGAGUGCCGUCGACGGUGCGUCGCCGGCAGGCUCGGACUCGGAGGAGCAUGUGCUACCGGGUGGCAUCGGGACGUUCAGCAUCAGGCAAGCGUCCGGUACUCCAUCGAGAGAAGAGGCUGGUAGCCAUGGCGCCGUCAGGAAUGCAUUUGCACCUGUUCUUCAUGGCUCCAGGAUGGAGAACGCACAUGAAACAGGAGGAUCUGGGAGUAGGGCUCACCGUGCGCCAUCGACGAUGUGGCAAGAUUCUGGCACUGAUCAAAGAUCCAUAGGUAAGACACCAUAUGAAGCAACAAGAGCAGAGGGAAGAAGUAGCGCCAGCAGCGCCGAUCAAGGGCCCAGCACUCCGAGAUCAAAGCAUUCAGCAACUGAGCAACGACGGCGUACCAAGAUAAAUGACAGGCUUGAAACACUUCGUGAGCUCCUACCGCACUCUGAUCAGAAGAGAGACAAAGCAUCUUUCCUUUCAGAGGUUAUUGAAUACAUAAGGUUUUUGCAAGAGAAAGUCCAAAAGUAUGAGGCAGCCGAUCCAGAAAGGAAUCACGAGGAUUCCAAAUCCAUGCCAUGGGCAAAAGUCUACUACAGAUCAUGCUGGAGAAACAAACAGAACAUCAGUCAAGUCCAGGGGGGAGAUUUGUCAUCAUCAACACAGGACAUGAACAACGAACAGUACAGUCCCAAGCACAUCUCGGCGGCACAUCCAGAUCUCUUCAACACCAGUACACCUGCUAGUUCCUCCCACAUGGCAACAGGCACACCAAAAAAUUGGGAAAUUUUAAAUACAGAUAACAACACAAGUAGCAAUCAGCCAUGGCUGAGCAUGUCAACAACACGCCAAGAGUCUGAAUCAGGCAAUAGAAUGCUGAACAAGCACGAGAGACAAACCCUUCAAGAUGAAAAUCAUAGUAUUUCUAGUGCUUACUCUCAAGGAUUAUUCAACAGAUUGACAGAAGCUCUUAAAAAGUCAGGACUGGACCCAUCUCAAGCUAAUAUAUCUGUAGAGAUCAACAUGAGCAAAAGAGCAAGAGAAAAUACUAGUGACAACUCCAAGGUCAAUGAAGCUGAAGAGCUCGUCCACAUAACCAAGAGGCCACGAUGUAAUAAGAGCUAGAUUUCUUUGCUCCAAACUAGAAAAUUCAUACAUCGACAAGUUCAGUAACUUGGCAGCAGCAACCCCAAGUCCCCAACUGAUGCAAUUCUUUUUAUUUAUAUUGCAACAAAAAUUAACUAACCUAAGCUUCCAUUCAUAUACCAUUGAAGCUACUUCAGGGGAGGUCCAGAGGACACUCCCAAUUUCUCAUUCAUCAUCUGUAAAUGUAGUCCAGAUUC